AUGUUCUCAUCUGCUCCAACUUUGUUCUGUAUCCGCACGUUCUUCUGGCUGGCCCUUUUGGUCGUGCGAUACCCCCAAUUUGUAUCUGCAAGACCAACAAGCGAAGUGCUGCGACGCGAUAACAAUCAAGGGACAAGUGACGGGAAUGGCGUUUCUACAACCGUAUGGAUACCUGUAUUGAUAAUUGGAGUCGUCGUCGCCGUGAUGACAUUGAUUGGAUGCGUCAGACGGGCUACGCGGGUAGAAGUCAACGCAAACGCCGCAGCGAGCACUCGGAACCAACCUGCUGGUCAGGGAGCCUCAGCUCGCCCUGCAAGGCGCCGGAGGCCCGCACGGACUCCAAGUCAGAUUUCUACAAAAUCCCUUCCACCCUACAUGCUGGAACCGGGCGACCAGGAACUUGUCAUCUACAGAGGACCUUUGAAGAUGGAUGACGACCACGAUCCUAUGCAACUACCGGAAGAAGAAGACGACGACGAGCACCCUGAAUCAAGAGGGGCACAUCGUAGUCUUGACCUCGAGUCGCACGGUAUCACACAGGCGGAUAACUCUUCCACAAAUCUCAUAUAUAACGCCCCUGUUGACGUAACAAUGAGACGAAGCGUAGACGUCGCUAGCGUGAGCACAUCGCAUGACUCGCAAGAAAGUCAUUCUGGAUUGUUACCAUUGCACACUACACAAACGUCCGAAGACCCACGAGGAGAAGCGCCCCCGUACUUUGAGGUUGUAGGCCACGACACUCCCAACACAUUACCUAAUGAGCCUUCUGCAUCGGAGGCUUCUACCAUCGAUGAUGCUGCCCCUGGCCGGCGUUCUAGAUUCAGCUUCCUUUUCAACCCCUUCGGGAGUCCGUCACGAAAUCCGCCUAUUUCGAUCUAUAACAGGGCUGCCACUCCUGACCACGCUCGCAACGGUUCAUCCCUCUCCGUGGCAUCAACAAUUAGUGGACAUGGGCGCAACCGUUCAGGCUCUCAUUCGACGCUUUUGAAGGCUUUCCGACCCCACGACCAUUCCGUACCUAUGACAUCCCCGUCAACCAUCUCUUUGAACUCAAUAUCGGCACCUCUCACGCAUACUGUUGUACGCUCGGAGUUCCGGGUGCCGAAAGGUGGCAUGACGCCUGAGCAGAUCAAACUCAUCACCUCCAGGAAUGCACUGGAAAGAUUCGGUGUUCCAUACGGUCCGGACGCUGUAGCAUUUUCAGCGUCAAGGUCUAAUAUGGCACCACCACCUGACUUCGACGCCACUGUAUCAAGUUCGCCAGGUCAAGCCAGUGGGUCACCAUCAGCUGACCUUGACAACCCGUCUAGUACCAGUGUACCAGAGAGAGAAACAACAGGAAGCCCUCGUCUAUAA